AUGUCCCAGUAUGGUGAAGCUGAUGGUGAGAUGAAAGGUGAAGACCAGGCAUUCCCCGGAGAUUGGGAGCCUUUAGAAAUGACCCAAAAGACUCAGGGAAAACUUUUUAUUCUUAUGCUUAGAUUUGAUGAGGAAUCAUAUAGAAAGGUGACUGGAUGCAAAGGGUAUGACCUAGUAGCAAUAAACUGGUCAUUGUUAUUACUAAAAAAACAAAAAGAGAAAGAAUACUUUGAAAGGAACAAGUUAAGAUCAAAAAUGAAAUUAAUGGGAGUUUUAUCACCUGUCAAAAAUUCCACUGUCAGUUUAGACCUUCUUAACCUCUAUAUGGUAAAUCAAAUAUCUUGUAAGAAGAAAACACUUGAAACUGUGAAAAGACCAACCCAUGUGAAUAUGAACAGAGACUUAAAAAUCCCUGUACGAAAUCACAAUUUAGAACUUCCAAUGUCUCCUCAUUGUAUACCUUCUAAACUCUGCAUUGAUGAUAUAGAAAACAAUAUACCUUUUCAAAAAUUAGAUAGCAAGGAAGAACCUGAAGUAGUUCAGUCAUUACAAGACAGGAAUGCAUAUAGAACAUUUGGACCUCAGUUGAACAGAAGAGAAAACUGCCAGUAUCCUCCACUGUGUUCUUCAGAAUUACCUUGUAAUGGAUAUAUACCAAAACAAAAUUUCACAAUCAGAAUAACACCAGGGUUUCCAAAAUUUGAAUAUGAACAACAGCAAAAUGAACAGCUCAGUAAUGGUAACUGUUCUGAUCCCUUAGUUUCCAAAUUAAAUCAAAGUCAAGAUGUUUUAAGUUCAUCAUUUAAAGUAGCACACUUUGGAACAUUGUUUGAGAGAACAAAGAGCAAAGCAAUGCCAGUGUUACAGGUCAAGUUUGAAAAUUACUACCCUCUUUGUCAUUUUGAAGUAGUUUGUUCAGAAAAUGGUGAUUUUAUUACUAAAAGACCUGCUGUAAUUAUGGCGGAAGAUGAUGGAAGGCUGCAUGAACAACAAUUAGGCUUCUUUAUUGGAAAACCAUCCUUACAACAUAUUUGGGAGCAUAAUGGAAAAGAAUUUUCUGAUUUUCUUGAUGAUGUGAGCCAUCCAAAAAAUCAUGACUCUUUUGUUAGUGAAAAUAUGAUUAAUUUAUUAAAUGUGGAUCAACAAAGAAGAAAGAAAAUGUUUGGUAAGUGUGGUUCUAAUAGUUCUGGAAAUAGUUAUACACUUUAUUCUGAUGAAAACCAUUCUGCUGAUGGAUGCAACAGGAGCAUUUUUACAGUUCGAGAAUCAGGUUUUAGUAACUCUGUCUUUACAAGUUAUCCAGAAAAGUGUCAACUAAACAAGAGCUAUCAAAGAGAGUACAACAAUAAUGAAAUAACAACAGUUGUGGAAAGAAAGGUUGGUGGCAUAUAUGAACACUGUCUGGAUUCUUCACAGAGUAGUUAUUCUGCCAGCUAUUCUCCACGGGCAACAGAGAGUUGUUUGAGUUCAAGUUCAGACAUGCUAUCUGAAGAGGAAGAUCUGCUCCUGCAGCAAACUGAAGACUCAGAGAAGAUAUCCAGGAAAGUUACAAACACAAGUAGUUUUUAUCUAGAAAAGAUGACCAAACAUGUAGGUGAUGGAAUUGUUAAAGAUGAUGCUGAAAUUCAUAAACAGAAUGAGAAUUUGUACCAUGCUGAUCAAUUUUCACAGUAUCAGUGCAAUUCAGAACACAUAUUACACACCACCAACAAUAACUGCAUUCCUCAGGUUGCAAGAUGUGAUGUAGCGGUACAAACGCAGAGAGAAUAUCCCAUGGGGGGGCAGCUUGAUAUUGCCAUACAGUGUAGUAUAAUCUCAGAAUGCACAUGUAGAAGUGAGGUGUCUUCCCCUUGGAAUAUUGAAAACCAUGCUAAGAACAAUAAGGCAGAUACCACUGGAGGGCAGGAAAUCCUUAAGAAUAACUAA